GAUUGAAAACCUCAUCCAAAAAUUAUUUUACUCAUAACAUAAUGAUGUUGAUUUCAUCAAAACCCAAAUCCAAAAAUCCAAAUUUCUGGGGAACUACCAAUAAAAUACAGCCCCUCUGCCUUUCAAGCUUCAUCUUCUUGCUUCCCAGCCACACAAGCAAAGCAAUAAUCAGAGGUAAACAAAGAGUAACUUGAAAGACUUCCGUAAUUUUAUUGUAUUGCCUUGUAAGUCCAUCAAUGGUCAAUAGCCCUGUAGCUUUCACUCUUUUUUAAAAAACACAAAAAAGGGGUUCCCCCAAUUUUCCAAUUAUAAAAUAAUCCCACCUCAGUAGUUGAAUUGAAGAUGAAGGAAACAACUAGAUCGAUGAAGGGGUUGAUUUUGUUUUGCUCUGUCGCCGCCGUGUGGCUUCAGGCGGCCGUGGGGCUGCCGUUACACACAGAUUCACGGUGGAUCGUUGACGAAGAAGGGCAGAGAGUUAAACUAAGAUGCGUAAAUUGGGUGUCGCAUUUGGAGGCGGUGGUGGCGGAGGGGCUUUCAAAGCAACCCAUCGACGAGAUUUCGAACAGAAUCGAGUCGUUCGGAUUCAACUGCGUGAGACUCACUUGGCCACUGUUUUUAGCCACAAACGAUUCUUUGAAUUCCCUCACCGUCCGACAGUCUUUCCAGCGGCUGGGACUGGCCGAAGCCAUCGCCGGAAUCCAAGCCAACAACCCCUUCAUCAUCGAUCUUCCUCUAAUAAAAGCUUUUGAGGCGGUGGUGGGGAAGUUGGGGGAGGGGAAAUUAAUGGUGAUAUUGGACAAUCAUAUAAGCAAGCCAGGGUGGUGCUGCAGUAACUUCGACGGAAAUGGGUUUUUCGGGGAUCAGUAUUUCAGUCCGGAGUUAUGGAUUAAAGGCCUUACUCGAAUGGCCGCCAUGUUUAACGGCGUGGCCCAUGUUGUUGGGAUGAGCCUUAGGAAUGAGCUUCGUGGCCCAAAACAGAAUGUCAACGACUGGUACAGGUACAUGCAAAGAGGAGCAGAAGCAGUUCAUUCAGCAAACCCAGACGUUCUCAUAAUCCUCUCAGGACUUAGCUUCGACAGAGACUUAUCUUUUCUCAAAAACCAACCCAUAAACCUCACAUUCACAGCCAAAUUAGUAUAUGAAGUUCAUUGGUAUGGUUUUUCAGAUGGAUCUUCAUGGGAAUCAGGCAACUCAAACCAAGUAUGUGGAAGAGUAACAAACAACUUAAUGAAAAUGUCGGGAUUUAUAUUAGAACAAGGAUUUCCUCUGUUUAUAAGUGAAUUUGGAGUUGAUCAAAGAGGAACCAAUAUAAAUGACAACAGAUAUUUGAGCUGCUUCUUGUCUGUAGCAGCUGAAUUUGACCUUGAUUGGGCACUUUGGACACUUGUUGGAAGCUACUAUUUAAGAGAAGGGGUUGUUGGUUUGAAUGAAUUUUAUGGAAUUCUUGAUUGGAAUUGGUGUAGUCUUAGAAAUUCAUCUUUUCUUCAAAGGAUUUCUGCUCUUCAAUCUCCAUUUCAAGGUCCAGGAUUAGAAGAAAGAAGGCAAUAUAAUGUGAUUUUCCACCCAUUAACUGGGUUAUGUGUGGUGAGAAAAUCAUUAUUAGAUCCCUUGAAAUUAGGCCCAUGUGUUGAUUCAGAUCCUUGGUAUUAUACUCCACAGAAGUUUUUGACUCUUAAAGGGACUUAUUUUUGUAUACAAGCAGAGGAAAUGGGGAAGCAAGCAAAACUGGGGAUUAUAUGUACUGUUUCUAAUGCUAAAUGGGAUAUGAUUUCUGAUUCAAAAAUGCAUCUUUCUUCAAAAGUUAGUAAUGGGUCCAUGGUUUGCUUGGAUGUGGAUUCGAGCACGAAUGAAAUUGUGACCAAUUCUUGUAAGUGUUUGGGUCGGGACUCGGCAUGCGACCCGAGUAGCCAAUGGUUCAAGCUCGUUAAUAGUACGAGAAGUUUGGGCAGGGCAAGGUCGAUGGUUAGUAUGGUUGGUUCAUCUUUGGGCAAUGUUGUGACAAAAUUUGUAGAAUUGGGUUAUGGAAGUACGUAAAGAAAAAUAGUUGAAUUGGAAAGAGAGAAUAAAAAAGAGAGAAAAAGUGCCCCCAUGCAGGAUCGAACUACAGACCUUCAGUUUACAAUACUGACGCUCUACCACUGAGCUAUAGGGGCAUUUGAUGCUAAAAGAGAUUUAAACUUUAAACUGUUUAUUUAAAUAAUUUGGUCUAUUUAUUAAAAGGAAAAUAAUUCACUGCUUCUUAGUA